AUGACGUCACCUUUGUCGUCAUCAACCGCACACGGCAGCGCGCCCGAUCAGGCCCAAAAGCUGGGUGAAGCCCCAGCGGCAGACGUCCCUGUCGACACAACAACAACAACAACAACAACAACAACAACAACAACAACAACAACAACAACAACAACAACAACAACAACAACAACAACAACAACAACAACAACAACAACAACAACAACAACCAACACCGACACCGACACCACCACCACCGACACCGACGAGCCCGUGCCGCUCAGCUUUGGGGACUUCUUCACUGGCGACCGGGAUGUGUUCUUUGACUCCGUGUAUCAGCAUGAGACGCUGAUUGACCACCGGCCCACGCCGGACGCCUUCACGCCGCGGCUGCGCCAGAUCACAACGCCACUGAACCAAGUGCAGUCAUUGUGCCACGCCUUUGAGCAGCAAGACAAGCAGAGCGGCGGCUUCCACAUCAAGGAGCAAGGCGAGACGCGGCAGGUGUCGUCAUGCAAGCAGAUGGAGGACGAGCUGGCUGCCGGCGCUGGUUUGCUCAUCCGCUACGAGGACCUCGUGGACUCCCCCGCCCAGGACCACGUCAAGCAGCUGCAGGACGGCGUGCGCGACGUGUUUGGCACAGAGUCCACCGUCCACCUGUACCACGCCACGCAGAACGAGUCGCGCGCCCUCAUGCCGCACACAGACCCCUACGACGUCCUUGUCAUCCAGCUCCACGGCUCAAAGCGCUGGACAACCUGCAUCCCAGACGCAUACGUCUCCGACACCGACACCAACAACGACGGCAGUGGCACCAACGCAGAGGACGACGACAACGCCAACACCGGCACUGGCGACCACGGUGCUUUUGCUUCUGCUUCUGCGUCGUCGUCUUCCUUCCCAAGCCGCCAUGGCACACGCGCACGCCCAAGCGAGGCAGAGACCAUCAAGCACUUCAACCCUGCGCAGCUGGGCCAGCUGCAGGAGAUCCGGCGCCAGAGGCAGCAGGGGUGCACGGCGUACCAGGACGCAGACCUGCGUGGCAUGCGCUGCAACGAGUUCACGCUGCGUGCCGGUGACACCAUGUACAUGCCCAAGGGGAUCAUCCACUUUGCGCUGUCGGGCGAGGAGGGCUCGUCACAUCUCACCAUCUCGCUGGAGCGCAAGGGCCUGGCGUGGGCCGAUGCGCUCAUGCACGCGGGGCUCUCUGGCUCGGACAUUGUGGACAACCCGGCGUUCCUUGGCCACUGGAAGAACACGGUGCAGUCGCUCAUCAGCGACUACCGCGGCGUGCAGCUGCUGGAGGCCAUGCCAUCCUGGCACCUCAACACGGGUGCGCUGUGUGCAGCGCGUGGACAGGAACAACAACAACAGCAGCAGCAGCAUGACAAUGGCAGUGCAGCUGGCGGCGAGCGGGAUGAGGUGAAGGCGUUUGUGGCGUCGUUCCAGUCGCUGUGUCGCGAGGUUGGACCCGAUGUGCUUGAGACGUACACCAAGGCAAACGACCUGGACGCGUUCCUGAAUGCAGACGGCAUUGGCGCGCUUGUUGAGCGCGUGUGCAGCGAGGAGUCGGCCGCCGCUGUUGUGGAGCAGCUGUGCGCACGCGGCAAAAUGCCCGUGGACGUGACGUCGCCCCGCUUCCGCAAGAUGCGCGUGCCGCAGAUGGAGCGUGUGCGUCGUGCAACUGUGACGGCCGCAUACACCUGCAACACUGGCUGCGAUGAAAGCUGUGACACGUCAAGCUGCAACCUUGGAUGCGAUGGUGGCUGCACCGGUGGCUGUGAUGAUAGCUGCACCAGCUGCGACACCGGCUGCGACAUCUGCUACUCCGGAUGCAACACGGGCUGCGAUGUGACCACGUGUACUGGAAGCUGUGACACCGGCUGUGACAUUUGCACCACUGGCUGUGACAGCCUGUGCGAUGACAGCUGCAAUACAGGAUGUGAUACUGGCUGCAAUCUGAGCUGUGAUUUGGGUUGCGACACGGGCUGUAACACGGGUUGCGACAGCAGCUGCGACAGUUCCUGCGACAGCAGCUGCGAUUUCUUCGGAUGGAGCUGUGACUCCGGCUGCGACGGAUCUUGCGACUAUCAGUGCAGCUGCGACAUUUGCUACUCCAGCUGUGACACCAGCUGUGACCUUAGCUGCGAUGACAGCUGUACAAGUGGGUGCGACUAUGGGUGCGAUACAUGCACCACGGGAUGUGAUGACAGCUGCACCUCAGGCUGCGAUGGAAGCUGUGACGGAGGGUGCAACCUGGGCUGCGAUGACAGCUGCGACAGCUCGUGCACACAGUCAAGCUGCGAUACGGGAUGUACAACCAACUGCAACGGUGGCUGCGACACGGGCUGCGACGGUCCAUGCAACACGGGAUGUGAUGACAACUGCAACACGAGCUGUGAUGAGUGCACGUACAGCAGCUGCGACAGUUCAUGUGACGGAUCGUGCUCGUGCAACCCGGGCUACUACGGCAGUGGCACGUCGUGCACUGCAUGUGGCCCCGACACGUACAGCGCCAGCAGCGGCCAGAGCUCAUGCACACCGUGCGGCUCCUGCGGCUCAAACCAGUACCGCGUCAACUGCGGCGGCAGCAAUGAUGGUUCGUGCACGUCGUGUGGGUCGUGCCCUGCAGGCUCUGAGCGCACGGGCUGCAGUGGCACCAGCGCAGGCACAUGCUCGCCGUGUGACUCGAGGACAUACAAGACGUCACAAGACAACCAGCCGUGCAGCCCGUGCGGGUCGUGUGCGGCCGGGUACUACCUCGCCGGGUGCGGCGGUUCCAGCGCUGGCGAGUGCGUCGGCGUGCAGUGCAACACGCCACCGAGCGUGAGCCAUGGCAGUGUGUCCUCGCUCAGCAACAACGGGCGGUAUCCCAGCACAGCGACAUACACGUGCGCGCCAGGGUACAUGCUGGCCAGCUCCAGCGACAACAAGCUGCAGUGCCAGACAGACAAGACGUGGGCCGGGACGAUGCCGCGGUGCAUUGGCGUGCCGUGCCCAGGGAUUAGCAUUGCCCACGGCAGCGUGUCACCGUCAAGCACCAUCCGUCAUCCAUCCACAGCAGGUGUGGUUUUCGUGCAACACUGGGUCGUGCUGAUGGGAGCGACAUCUGCGCAGUGCCAGGCGAACGGCACCGUGGUCGUCGCCGCACCGACAUGUGUUGGGCGGCUGUGCACCCUGCUGGACACCCCGAACCACGGCAGCGUCUCGUACACAAACAGCCGGCAGUACCCGUCCACAGCUACAUACACGUGCCAGGCUGGGUAUGAGCUGAGCGACACGGGGGAUGCGCAGCGCAGCUGCAUUGCCAGCUCGGGCGGAUUUGGCGGCACGGCGCCGUCGUGUGUGGGGGUGCUAUGCAAACCACUGAGCGACCCGCAGAACGGGCACCUGCGCCUGAGCUCGACGCCAGCGCGGUACCCGGCGACGGCGGAGUUCUCGUGCGUGCCCGGAUACGAGCUUGUUGGGCAGGCGCAGCUGUCGUGCAAGACGGACAAGACGUGGUCUGCGCCUGCGCCGACGUGCCGUGGAGUGCUGUGCACGGCGCCGAGCAUUGACCACGCGCAGGUGUCGGCGACAUCUGGGCGGUACCCUGCUGAUGCGAGCGUGACGUGUGCACCUGGGUAUGGGCUGGUUGGCGCGCCGACGCUGUCGUGCCGCACGGACGGGACGUGGGGCGAGCUGCCCUCGUGCCAGCUGUGCCCGGCCAACUCGUAUGCGCCGUCGCCGACACAGCCGUGUGCUUCGUGCCCUUCUGGCACGUCGACCAACGGGCAGACGGGUGCGACCAAGUGCGAGUGCAUUGCUGGACACGAGCCCAGCGGCGACGGAAGCACCUGCGUUCCCUGCCAAGCCAACCACUUCAAGCCGGACUUUGGCUCCGUGUCGUGCCAGCCAUGCCAAUCUGGGUUCCAGACUGAGAACGGCGACUUUACCCGCUGCGUCGGUGUCCCUUGCGACCCCGUGCGAGACAUUGAGAACGGCGACCCAGAGAACACCAUGAUGCACCGGUACCCGGCCACUGUGUCGUAUGAGUGCGACACGGGGUUCCAGCUUGUUGGCGAUGUCAGUUCCAUCACCUGCCAGACAGAUGGCACGUGGUCUGCGCUUCCCUCCUGCACCUACAUCUGCGGCGAUGGCCUCGUUGUUGACGGGGAGGAGUGCGACGACGGCAACACAGACGAUGGCGAUGGCUGCUCGUCCACGUGCCAGCUGGAGGAUACACACGCGUGCGUGGACCCUGGCGAGGCGUGCGUGUACUGCAACUUCACGUCGCGGCCGGAGCGGCUGGUGCUUGCGUGCGACGACCCCAUGCUGGACACAAAGGUGCAGACAUGGGCAGACGCAACCGGCAACGCAGAGGUGCUGGACCACGAGCACUGCGGCGACCCCUCGCUGUCGUACGUUGCGGGGAAGCCGCGCGGCACGGUGCCGGGGUGCUACCGCAGCGUGUACGAGUUCAUGGUUGCGUUCAACGGCGGCAAGGUGAUGGAGACGGCGACGGGCGUGGUGCGCGUGUACGACGACACCAGGCCGACAUUCCAAGACCCGCCGUCAUCCACGACAGCAGACUGCCACAGCGUCCCCUCGUUUGCGGAUGUGUCGGCAUCGGACACGUGCAUGACGUCGUCGCCCGCAGUGAGCAAGCAGGAGGUGCGGACAGACGGGGCGUGCCCGUACGCAUACACGCUGACGCGGACGUGGACAACGCAGGACGCAUGCGGGAACGAGAACGCGGCGACGCAGGUUGUGACGGUGCAGGACGUGACCAAGCCGACGUUCACCACGCGGCCCACAGACCGGGUGCUGGAGUGCUCUGCGGACGUGGACGCGGACAUUGAGGCGCUGCGCAUGAAGCACGUGGACGCGGCAGCAUCGGACCUGUGCUCCGACACGCUGUUGUUUGAGACGGUUGAGACAGCGCGGGACCUGAGCGGGUGCGGCGGCACGGGCCAGGUGUCUGUGACGGUUGGGUUUGAUGGGGUGAGCGACCCUGCUGUGAUUGCUGGGAGCCCUGGCGCGGACUUUGAUGUGCCGGAUGACCGGUACGAGCUUCGGUUCCAGGUUGUCAACGCGACGGAUGCCGAGGCGCUGGCGCUUUCGGCGCUGGAUGCUGCACGUGUGCCGACGAUUGAGGUUGAGGUGAACGGAGACCAGGUCCGUGCCGUUGUUGUGACGCGGCUGAGCGGCGACCAUGUUGCAGUCUUGGAUGCGCAGCCAGAUGUUGUCAACGGCACCAUUGUUGGUCCAGUGUCGCUGAAUGCGCAGCUGGCGCUUGAGGAUGCAAUUGAGGCGCUGCUGCGGCUUGUGCGGCGCGGGGAGGUGGAGGCGAUUGUUCUGGGCCGCCGCGUGCCUGCGGUGACCAUUGAGACGCCAUACACCAGCACCACCACCACAACAACAACCACAACCACCACAACCACCACCGGCACCAACGCGACGGUCACGACCAUCGGGCCUGGCAACAAGCAGACGUCCAAGUCGUCGGCAGCUGGGACCGCUGCGUGGCAGAUUGCUGUUGCGAUUGUGGGCGGCGUGGUGCUGAUUGCUGCUGUUGUGCUUGCGGUGAUUGGGCGGCGGCGGCGCGGGGUGUCGCCCCCAGCGGCGCACAAGGCAGCCAAGGAGCGACAGACGGUGGCGUUCACGAACCCGGCAUACGACAGGCCUCGCGACAUUGCUUCUGUCAACACGGCGUUCUACCAAGAUACGACUGAUGCAGACUAUGAUGACAAUGACCUGUACGAUGAACCUUCAGUCUUUCGCUCAAAGGGCUGCGUUGUGCACAACCCGCUGUACCUCGGCGAGGAGGCUGAGCGUGCACCCGAGGCUAAUGCCAUGUACGCUGAUGCCAGCGCUUUGCGAUCGACGCUUCCCGGCUUCAACCCCAACUUCGAAUUCGGCGAUGCCAACGGCCCCGUCCAAGAAGAGUACAUGACGUGUGACCCCAACGAAGCUCGCGACGAGGCGUACAUGGAAGUUGCGGAUGGGAACACGAGCGAGACGUACAUGGAAAUUGGAGAGGAUGGCGCGUUUAUGUUUGGCGAAGAGGAGGACGAGUAUGCCGACAUUGGCGAGCUUGGAUUUAAUGAAGACGACUUCAUGGCCACGCUCAGCCAGUGA